UUUCUUAUAGAAAAAAGUUAGACGGGCGGUCUUAUAGAAAAACCCCUGCAAAUUCCUCGUAUCCACGAGCACCAUCUCGGAGAGGAGAGAGGUGGGCACCAGGGAGCCCAAGAGCUCACGACUCCCGAGGCGAUCGAGGGAGCGCCGCGUUCCUGCUUCCCUUCCGUAAUUCGUCCUCGGGCUAUGGACGACAGAACUUUGGUUUUUUAACGACAGCUAGAGGAUAGUUUGGAGUAAGCUUUUCAUUCAGGAUAUAAUGGGUGGUUGCUGCUGUUGUUCAUCAAGGACAUCGGAAUCAGAUACAGCACCAGUUCAUGUUUAUCAUCAACAAAAUCUAGAGGAGCGCGAACCAUUGUCUUCAGCCUUUGAUGGAUCAUCUCCAGCUUCUGCUAUAGUUGCAGUUGACACAAAUCUUGAUACAUCCACUCCUGACACUUAUCAAGCACCACCUGCACCUUUGCCUUACAAUGCUGGCUUGACAGUUGCAGAAAAUCCUGAUUUGGAGAAGUCAGACAUUAAGAGCAAAACUGAUGAGCAGCAGUCUCUGAAGGUGGAUGAGUUUGAGUCAUGCAAAAAAGGUGCCCCUGAGGAUAACCCUGAUGAGGAGGAUGUUUGUCCAAUCUGUCUUGAAGAAUAUGAUGACGAGAAUCCCUGUUCUAUAACCAAAUGUGAGCAUCACUUCCAUCUCUGUUGCAUACUUCAAUGGAUGGAGAGAAGUGACACAUGCCCAGUAUGUGACCAGAUAACUCUGAUAGAUGAGAUGUACGAAUAGCAUUGUUGAUUGUGGACGGUGGUGGAUCAUUUCUUGGUGCCCGUGUCUGUUGAGUUGGCUUGAUGCUCGGCUUUUUUUGGUGGGGAAGUACAACCAGCAACUUACUCUGCACUUUAAACUAGUCUGGUCUGGUGGAAAUGGAUUGAAUUUUGGAAAAAUAUUUAUAGAAGGAAAUUACAUAGAAUGUGUUAAAAUCAUCUCUGUCCUGUAUGUUUUGUGGCGAGCCUUGGCUGUUUAUGGCAGCUGGAGGAUUACAGAAGUCCUUGAUCGCAGUAUGUGUAUGUGUAUCCGCUGCUGGUUAUUUAGUUCAAAGUUAAAACCCUGAAGUUUGCUCCC